GUCACAGUGCAGGGCUGGUAUUGGGGCCAUAAGCAGGCAGUGCUGCUCCACUUUGGCCUGGGCCAUCGAUCAUGGCUUUGGCGUUCGUCUUUGCCUUGUUCGUGCAGAGAGUGCCACGUGUUGGUGAUGAGUUGGAUGCAGUCACGCUCUUGCGCAUGCGGGAGCGUGAGGCGUACCUGUCAGAGAAGAUGACACAGCUGCUGCUGGAGAUAGAAGAGAAGAACAUGGAGCAGAGCAGGACGGGCCUGCAAGCCCUGCUCUUUGCUGCACUGCCGUACUGGAAGAUUUGCAGUGCUCUUUGUCUUUUUGUCCUUCUAUUUUGGGUCAUGUGGAAGAUCCAGAAAAAGUUCUGGGGUGUUGAAGACAGCAGUGAUAAGGAGAGCUCCAGCAGGGAGGAGCAGCAGGAGCACAAGGAGGUGAAAGAGGAGGAGGUUUCUCUUUUCCUUGCAGAUGUGCUCCGGCCAUUGGAAAGCUAUGAAGGCCGCUGUAAAGAGAUGCUCUCGCUGUUGGAUCUCCUCGUCAAGAUAUCUCAAACUAUCUUGUCAGAUACUUUCUUUCCAAUGCCAGAGCGCCCCAUCGGGGUGGGCAGUGCCUAUGAAGGCUGGGGUCCCACUGAGGCUGAACCUGACUUCUGCCUGCUUGUGCCCCUGACAGCUCCCCGUGGGCACGUUUUCCACUUGGAACUGGGCACUGCAGGGGAGCUGCCAGCGAGGAACUCCCGUAUCCGUGUAGAGUUGGAAUGCACGUGCGGGAGGGAGCAGGAGAUGGGCAUGCUGUGCUUCCUCCACGCCUCUGAGGAUGAGCUGAAAAAUCAGGACCCCAGCCUCCUACACAGCCUCUGCACUGGCUUCUACCUGGACAUGGAGAAGACUGCCCACUGGUUCCUGCUACUGAUCGAACAUGCCCAGAAAUGCAUGCCUCAGUCAGCAACAUGGAACAUAAAUGUGACGCUGUCCGGGCGCUGCUGCAAGCUUCAUCUCAGGGAUUUCUACGGAAUAACCGUCUGUGUUAAGAUUGCGUUUGGCAUACAGCAAGACAAUACGGACAUCUUUCUGAGCAAUUACGAAACACAGCCUGCUAGUAUCGCCAGCACAGCCUGGCCACAGAGCUGUGCUGUGGCAGAGGUGAAGUUCUUCCAGCACAUAGCCGCCCAUUCCCAGGGGGGCAAUUUCUGCCACAGAUAUUUGCAAGUUUGUGCCCGUACCCUGGUGGGCCAAACCUUUCCUACCUAUAUAGUGAAGACAGUGCUCAUGAACCUCCUGACUGCCAUCCCUUUGGAAGGCUGGGAUAAGAGGCAUUUCCUGCUGCGGAUGGAUGACAUCUUGCACUACCUGCGCUGCUGCGUGGAGGAGAAACGUCUGGACCACUUCUUCAUAGGAACUGAGGAGUUGCCUUCAGAGAUUAUCUUGCCACAGGAUUUCCAAGUGUCCCAACCGCUCAACCUAUUCCAGCACCUGGCGCAGGACCUGGAGAAACACGAGAAGGUGCUGCAUGAGUUGGAGCAGCUGCAGGAUCAGUGCAGAAGUCUGCUCAUCUUCGGGUGGUGGGAGACGUCCACUUUUCCCACAGCCGAGCACGCCAGACAUGGAGAAGACGCCGCUCAGUAGGCAGCAGAAAUUGCUCCUGAAUGUUUUCUCCACAGUAGAUCCACUCUGGGGCAGCCAGACCCCAUGUCGAUGAGGAAGGUGCUGCACGGACGCUUGUAACAGAGACUCCUCAAACCAGCUGGGCAGAGAGCACCCAGCCUCAGCGAGAGCGUCCAUUUGCUCUGGGAGCAUUGUCCUCUACAAAACCCGGCAAUAAAUGGCUUGUUUGAACAAAUGAGUGCCCAGCUUCUUCUUGCAGGCAUAUGUCAGAAUGCUGCCAGUUCUUUCAUGUUGUAGAAAUUGACCAGUCCUUCUCAACUACUCAUGAAUCUUAGCAAAAUUACAUUGAAAUUGAGAUCAGAUGCCCUCCAAGCAUCUUCUACACCAGUAUUUUUUAAUCGCGCUGUGCGCGCUGCUGGCAGGCGGCACCCUGGUGGCCCUGCUUCUGCAGCUGCUGCAUUGGCUGCGCGCCGACGGCGACCUCGUGGAGCUGUAAGCGGAGUGGCAGCAGAAGAAGCCAGGUAAAGCCGCCUGUCUGCUUGCAACCCCCGCCGGGAGGGAGGUGGCAGAGUCGGCUUGGUGUGGUAGUGGAUGUGAAGGCGGUGGUGGCGGUGACCCC